UCCAGGAAUGCGGAUCGCCCGUCACCGUUUCCAACCGUCGAGCCACGCGGCCUAUCCAGCUUCAUGUAUUCCGCCUGCAGCGACAUGAGGGCCAGAUAUAAACCUCAUCCUUCAUCCUCUACUCUCCUCCGCCUCUCCAUCCCUCCCUCUGCUCCACACCCACAAAAUGAAGCUCACACCGCUCCUCACAACCCUCUCCCUCGCCCAGGGCAUCCUGGGCGCCCCCCGCGCCGGGCUCCACGAGCGCAUCAAAGCGCGAUCCGAAGCCCGCACCCUUACACGCCAAUCACAACCGAUGGCCGAGCUGGCCCCGGACAAAGACCACCGCACGGCGGCCAACGUCGCCUACAGCAGCAACUGGGCGGGCGUGGUGCGUGAGGAACCACCCCCUCUGGGCAGCUACAAUUCCGUCACCGCGACAUUCACCGUCCCACGACCGCAGCCGGGAUCCGACCAGACUCUGCAGGCCGCGUCCGCCUGGGUCGGCAUCGACGGCGACACCUACACGACGGCGAUCCUGCAAGCCGGCGUCGACUUCUACUGGGACAACGGGAAGAUAUACAACGACGCGUGGUACGAGUGGUUCCCCGACGUGGCGCACGACUUCGAUUUCACCGUGAACACGGGCGACGUGGUCACUGUGACCGUGGAGUCGUUUACCCCAACAUCCGGCAUGGCAGAGAUCGUGAAUGAGAGCACGGGGCAGCGCGCGCAGAAGCAGUUGACGGCGCCGAAUCCGGAUGCGAAGUUGGCGGGCGAGAAUGCGGACUGGAUCGUGGAGGAUUUCCAGUCGGGGAGUGAGAUGGUGCCGCUGGUGAAUUUCGGCCAGGUCGCGUUUCAGGAUAUGCAGGCGCAGGGGGGCGUGAGGACGUUUGGGACGGACGGGGCGACGGUGAUUGAGUUGAAGCAGAAUGGGAAGGUCGUGACGGAGGUGCAGACGUUGGGGGAUGAUGCGAUGGUGGUGAGGUAUGUGGGUUAGUAUUGUAUAUUGGAGUAGGGUGGUGUAUAUCUCGUUUAGAU